UUCGGAGGUGACCUCUGACGGGUGCCCCCCCCCCAAGCGGAUAGUUGUCCAGUCAUUCUCGUCCAGUUACGAUUAGACAACGGAUCGAACGGCCUUAUCGAGUGCUUAUCUUCCGGUUGGGUCUCUGCUCUAAAAUUCGGCACCGUGUCCCGCCUUUAAAUAAGGUCACCCGAAGACCAUAGGUGCUCACUUUCCUCGAGGCACUCGAUCACUCCACCCUGGACGUCAUUAUCAAAUCACUCAAGUCCUCCAGCAUGGCCUGCGAGGGGACUCACUUCGAUGGCAAGAUCCCGCACACGUUCGUCAUCUUCGGAGCGUCGGGUGACCUGGCCAAGAAGAAGAUCUACCCGACGCUGUGGUGGCUCUACCGGGACGAUCUCCUGCCCAAGCCCACCAAGUUCUGCGGCUAUGCCCGCUCCAAGCUAAGCGUCGACCAGAUCGAAGAGAACUGCCGCCAGUACAUGAAGGUCCAACCCCACGAGGAGACCAAGUACAAGGAGUUCUGGGCCCUCAACGAGUACGUAGCUGGCAGCUAUGAUGGACGCACCGGCUUCGAGCUCCUCAACCAGCAGCUGGAGCUCAUGGAGAACAAGAACCGGGCGAACCGCAUCUUCUACCUGGCCCUGCCCCCCAGUGUCUUCGAGGAGGUGACUGUCAACAUCAAGCAGAUCUGCAUGUCUGUAUGCGGCUGGAACCGCGUCAUCAUCGAGAAGCCCUUCGGACGGGAUGAUGCCUCCUCGCUGGCGCUGAGCGAUCACCUGGCCAAGCUCUUCCACGAGGAGCAGCUGUACCGCAUCGACCACUAUCUGGGCAAGGAGAUGGUGCAGAAUCUGAUGACCAUCCGCUUCGCCAACAAGAUCCUCAGCUCGACCUGGAACCGGGAGAACAUCGCCUCGGUGCUGAUCACCUUCAAGGAGCCCUUCGGCACCCAGGGACGCGGCGGCUACUUUGACGAGUUCGGCAUCAUUCGGGACGUGAUGCAGAACCAUCUGCUGCAGAUCCUCUCCCUGGUGGCCAUGGAGAAGCCGGUCAGCUGUCACCCGGACGAUAUUCGUGACGAGAAAGUGAAGGUGCUGAAGAGCAUCGAGACCUUGACCUUGGACGACAUGGUGCUGGGCCAGUACGUGGGCAAUCCCGCGGGCACCACCGACGACGCCCGGAACGGCUAUUUGGACGAUCCCACCGUGAACAAUGACUCCAAUACGCCCACCUACGCCCUCGGAGUGCUGAAGAUCAACAACGAGCGCUGGCAGGGCGUGCCCUUCAUCCUGCGCUGUGGCAAGGCGCUGAACGAGCGCAAGGCCGAGGUACGCAUCCAGUACCAGGAUGUGCCCGGCGACAUCUUCGAGGGCAGCACGAAGCGCAACGAGCUGGUCAUCCGCGUCCAACCGGGCGAGGCGCUGUACUUCAAGAUGAUGACCAAGAGCCCGGGCAUCACCUUCGAUAUCGAGGAGACGGAGCUGGAUCUUACCUACGAGCAUCGGUACAAGGACUCCUACCUGCCCGACGCCUACGAGCGUCUCAUCCUCGACGUCUUCUGCGGCUCCCAGAUGCACUUCGUCCGCUCUGACGAGCUGCGCGAGGCGUGGCGCAUCUUCACACCCAUUCUGCAUCAGAUCGAGCGGGAGCGCAUCCAGCCCAUUACCUAUCAGUAUGGCUCCCGCGGCCCCAAGCAGGCCGACGUCAAGUGCGAACAGAACAACUUCAAGUACUCCGGAUCGUACAAGUGGCACGGCGGCAGGCCGAACACCUCCAAUCUUUAGGGAUGGCCUUCGGUUGGGCUUUCGGCGCACACAGAGCACACGCACAGGAUAAAACUUUGGAUACUCCUUCUCUCUGUCCUUACACAUACAUAUUUUAAUUAUGUACUUUUUUGGUUAUUUUUAAUUUAAUACGGGUUGUACAAGAAUG